UCAAUAUAACCAGCGUGAUAACACAGUCAGGAAGAUACAGCGUGUGGAGAGAAUUUGCUGAAGUUUACAGCAUUUAACAAUGGAACAUUUUCAAAUGGAGGACGUCGAUGCUGACGACUGGCUUGUGGCGGAUCCGGAGCCAUAUCUGUUUGAACCGGAAUAUACCGAGGAGGAGCUAGCACAAAUGGACCGGGAGAGGGAAGAAACGCAGGAAGAUGAACCGGCUGGGGGCACCAUGAGGACACGGGCAAACAGCACUUGGUGGUGCCAGUGUAACUACUGUGCGCAAAUGUCAACAGAGGAAGAGAGUUUCUGCUGUACCGAAUGGGACCAGGUGCUACCUCCUGUUCAAUUAGAAGACACGACGCAAUGUAUCGCCGCAACAGAUGCCUUUGCUGCAAUGAUUCACCCAUCAGUUGUGGACUUCUUCUUCAGACGUGACAAAAUCAACUGGAAAAAACGACACACGCCCAGUGGGCCUGAUGGCCAGCUAUCCUCAGAUCAACAGAGAUUGGUGUCCUACCGAAUAGUGCUGGAAUGGGGACUGCGCGGUGAAACUCUAGGAAGAGGACAUCGCAAACCCUUACCAUCAUGUGUCGUCGAGGCUAUACGGCAGCGAUACCCCUCCGAGUCCGGUGUGUACCAUGGAUUCCAAGAAGUGCAGGAAGCUGCGGAUCUGUAGAUACACUGGACUUGUAACUUGGCUGUGGGCUGUUUUGGGAGUGGGACGCUUCUGAUGGCUCACGCUGACCUUUGUCAGUCUGUAUAGACCUAGAACCUAGAACUACCAACAUGAAUAGGCGGGGGCUUUGAUGGUUAGCCAGCGCCUGUGUAUUUCCUUGAAGUUACAGAAGGA